AGGUUGAAAGCGGUAAUUCCAGAAUUGCCGACCUUGGCAUCAUAUCGACUUGUUAUUCGUCUUAAAUGCAUGGAACUUUGUGUUCUCAUUUAAUCCCAAACUGACGGGAAAACUAUAUUCAAAGGGGUUAAUCAUCUUGGUACAACCCUUUUUUGAUUGUCUUGAGAGCAAGUUCACAGUUAGUAGACUGUUUGGUGCUAGUAACUAGUUGGUCGUAUUCACGAGUUAACUACCAGUUAAACUAGUUUACAUAGGUUCCUGAAAUAGACUAGGUUUAUUAAAUAUGUCCUGCAGUGUUCUCUGUUAUUUUUCGUUUUUUGUAUUUCUUGAAUUACUCUAAAAGCUGUCACUCACCCGUGAUCAUAGUUCCCCUUGGAUUUAUUUUGAUAUGUUGCUUUUCCCUUAUCUACGCUUUUGAUUUAACAUCAACCGUUCAUAAAUUAUUUUGUGCCCCAAGUGUGUAAUUGUGUUAUCCUUUUGGUGUUUUUUAACCUAGUUUUUAUAUGUUUAACUGUAAUUUAUUCAUUCAUCGUAUGAAACAGUUACACAUCGCUUUACGAAUCAACCUUCAAUAAUUUUUCCGUCUUCAAUAAAUUCAUGUUCACCAGUCGUUCUACCUUAAUAAAUGUUAUACAUUCAUCGCACUAAUUGAUCUUGGUCACAACUUUCUCUGUGCUAAACUUGUUUUAGAUGGAUGUGGCCAAGCUUUUGCACAUCAACAAUGAAAAACAGGCUAUCCUUUUGCAACUGUCUGUGGUGUGUGUCGCUGCUAUUUUAGCUUUUGCCGUUAGACUGUACUCUGUUAUUCGUUUCGAAUCAGUUAUUCAUGAAUUUGAUCCUUAUUUUAAUUAUCGGACUACACGUUUUAUGACUGAAAAAGGAUUUUACCAAUUUCAUGAUUGGUUCGAUGAUAUGGCAUGGUAUCCACUCGGAAGAAUUAUUGGAGGUACAAUAUAUCCUGGUCUCAUGAUGACAUCGUCUUUUAUAUACUCACUACUUCAUGCUAUGAAUGUUACCAUGGAUAUACGGAACAUAUGUGUAUUUUUGGCACCUUUGUUUUCAAGUUUUACAACUUUAGCAACCUUUUUACUGACAAGUGAGAUUCAGGACACUAGUUCUGGCCUAAUAGCUGCUGCUAUGGUUGCAAUUGUACCUGGUUACAUUAGCCGAUCAGUUGCAGGUUCUUAUGAUAACGAAGGAAUCGCCAUAUUCUGCAUGAUAUUUACAUUCUAUCUGUGGAUUAAAGCUGUUAAAACCGGUUACUUGUUCUGGGCUUGCGCUUGCAGCUUAGCGUACUUUUACAUGGUUUCUUCCUGGGGUGGAUACGUUUUUUUAAUAAACAUCAUACCUAUUCAUGUAUUAAUACUCAUGCUUACUGGGAGAUUUUCAAGUCGUGUUUAUUCUGCCUACUCUACUGUCUACGUUCUAGGCACUAUACUGUCAAUGCAGAUUAGUUUUGUUGGCUUCGCUCCUGUAAUAUCCAGUGAACAUAUAGGAGCUCUCGGAGUGUUUGGAUUAUGUCAACUUUUCUCAUUUUAUACGUACCUUCGUGGGACUUUAUCCUCUGAACAACUGUCAAUAGUUUUGCGUGUUUUUGGUUUAUCAUUGCUCGGUAUAGCGUUGAUUGGUGGUUCUGUGUUGUCCGCUACAGGAAAAAUAUCACCUUGGACUGGACGAUUCUAUUCUUUAUUGGACCCAACUUAUGCCAAGAAUCAUAUUCCAAUUAUUGCUUCUGUAGCUGAGCAUCAGCCGACCGCUUGGAGUUGUUAUUAUUUCGAUCUUCAUUUCUUAACGGUAAUGUUUCCUGUGGGUUUAUACUAUUGCUUCCGGAAAUUGACAGAUGCUAGUAUCUUUGCAAUAAUAUAUGGCGUUACAAGCGUUUACUUUUCGGGGGUUAUGGUUCGGCUUAUCUUAGUAUUAGCACCAAUAAUGUGUAUUUUGGGUGCAAUUGGAAUUUCUGGAAUUUUGAAAUCAUUUUCAGUUAAUCUUAAUGUACCAGAUAGUCAAAGUACGAAAACACCAAGUAAACUUACCGCAGCUAAUGGAUAUCCAUCUAUCCCAAAUAGUAAUAAACUUUAUAAAAAUACAGUUCAAGACUCCACUUAUCCGUUCAAAAAUACAGUAGCUUCAUUUAUGGUUCUGCUUAUAUUAUUUCUGUUAAUACUAUUCACUAGGCAUUGUAUAUGGGUUAUAUCGUCGUCAUAUUCUCAUCCAUCAAUUGUGUUAGAAACUGUAGAUAGUUUUGGGAAUCGUCAUAUAUUAGAUGAUUAUAGAGAAGCAUAUUAUUGGCUUAGAGAGAAUACAAAGGCUGAUGCUAAAGUUAUGUCUUGGUGGGAUUAUGGCUAUCAGAUUACUGCUAUAGCUAAUCGAACUGUGCUUGUGGACAAUAAUACAUGGAAUAAUACUCAUAUUGGUCGUGUUGGUCAAGCUAUGGCAUCAUCUGAAGAGGAAGCUUAUGAAAUUAUGAAAGAAUUAGAUGUUGACUAUGUACUGGUUAUUUUCGGUGGUGUACUGGGGUACAGUUCUGAUGAUAUCAAUAAAUUUAUCUGGAUGGUACGUAUAGCUGGUAGUACAGAAAAAGGUCGUCAUGUACAUGAGAAUGAUUAUUAUUCACCUCAAGGUGAAAUGCGUGUAGAUGAUACAGCUAGUCCUACAAUGCAAAACUGUUUACUGUACAAACUUAGUUAUUAUCGAUUCUGGGAAAUGAAAACUGAUAAAAGUAAGCCACAUGGAUUUGAUCGUGUACGUGGUCAAGUAAUUGGGCAUCGAAAUUAUGAAUUGCAUGGUUUAGAGGAAGCAUUCACUUCUUCCAGUUGGCUUGUACGAAUAUUCCGGGUUAAAUCAUAUGCAAAUCGAGGAGUUAACUAAUUUUUGUAUUUUCUUUUUCAAAAUAUAUGUUUAUAUAUAAAGGAUAAUUAGCAGUGAAUUUCUCUAAAUUGUGAAAUAAUUAUCGUUCGCUUCCUAACUAUCUAUCCCAUAUGUAUUAAAAAAAGUCGUUUACGAAGUUUCGACGAAGGAUAUACCGUCAAUUCCUUAGUUAGCACUGUACUCUGGAAAUUUGUUGAAUGCGAAUGCGUUUGGAAUAUUUAGUCAAAUAUUAUAGAGGUCUUGUGCAAAGACACAUUAGGAAGAACAAGGAGGUACAGUCGUCCCUCUGCGAUCAACGAGAUCGACAGUAAAAUAAGACAGGAUAACCCUAUGUCGCCGUUCUUUUCCACCUUUUUGUCUAGUGCUAUUGCGACAAACCUGAUAAGUUGGGACAGGCACAAUUUCUGCAUCAAGGCUUCCAUUAUUCUGAUUUGAGAUUGUUCAAACCUCUUUUCUUGACGCACCAUAUAAGCUUCUAGCUGCUCCAAAGAAAUAUUCAUUGUAGUCAUCUCCGUCGCCACUGAUAAGUCUCGCGAUUUUGAACGCUAUCCUCGAUUCCUAAGCUAUUCUGAAACCCCCAAGCUAGAACUAUACAGCGACCUGAACACGAGAGAGAAGGCACAAAGUAUGCGAAAAGUACUUUACUCCAAGGUUCAUUUUUGUACUGAAAAACAUGGGUAUUUAUAGAUGUUAACAUUGGUUAAAUCAACAUAUUUUGGCCAAUCCGCUAAAAGACAUUAUGCUACUGACCAAUAGUAGCACGCCACGUUGGCAUUCUAGAAAGCUUCAUCGUGCUCUGAUUGGCUAAGACUCUUUGGCUCCUUCAGGGCCUCUGGAGGCUCUGUUGCAGUUCUCGGAAAGCCGACUUAACAAAACCCACUGCGGGAUUACGUUCCCAAAUACUUAGCUCUCAAGUACGCAAACAUCUUGUUAUGUGAUUUAGUCUACUUAAACGAAACCCACUAAGUUGGUGAGGAACAUCUAAAUAUGGCUUCUACUUUGCCCUAUUUUAGUGGGGCCAUACAUUUAAACGUCAAUUAGAUUUGACGAUGUUGUCGAUAGGCUCACCACUUUUGUGGACCUUUAUCUGACUCUAGUAAUAUCGUAUGAUUGAUUGGUAUCGAAAUACACAUGUCGGUCAUCCUUGUAUAUAAUUAUCGACUUUAAAUCGCGUCUAUCAAAUACGAGAAUCAAAUUCGAAUGCGUAUAUUUCAUAUAAUCGUUGAUCCAGACAAAAAAAUCGGAGAAGCGAAAUAACGCACAGUGGAGGCGUGUGAGCUAACUCCAUUUAGCUUUAACCAAUACUUAUAGUCACACAAAAAUAAUUGAUUUUUAUCGAAAUAUACAUCCUGGUAUAUAAUCGACUUAAAUCGCGUUGGUGAAUAACAGAAAUAAGUCAAAUACCAGAAUGGAUUUCCGAAUACAUAUUUUGUACACUCACUGAUCUGAACAGACAAACAGAUGAACGAAGCGAAGAGAGUGAAGCGAAAUGACGCACAAUGGAGAAGCCAUGUAGUCCAACUCUAAUCAAUAUUUACAGCCAGAUAAAAAUAAGUUAGAGACGUGUGAUGAAUAGGAUAAGAAGUGUACACACA